GUCAGCAAGUUUGUGCAAAUAAAUACUACACCUUUCACAGAACUGAAGUACCUUUAAAAUUCUUCCAAAACUUUGUUUAUUGAAAUUUGUUGUGUGUAAAAAGUGCAUCAAAUGCCGUUACAAACCUUUUACUUUGUAAAGCUACAAACAGUACAGUGAAAUAUGACUACUUUUCUGCAGCAAAUCGAGAUGAAGAAGGGCUAGAAUAGUGUUCCAUUUGCAAGCCGUCCGUGAAGGUUUAUUAAUGGUGUUUGUGUUUACGCAAGAAUUGAUGAACAAAUCAGAGGCCACAGUGAAAGCGAAUUACAUUUACGCUACUUUCUGCCUCAAAGUUCGCUGAAAAACGCGAUAAUCAAUUAAAACCACCGUCGUCUUCGUGGGUUUGUCAUCGUUUUUAUUGGAAAGCGCUGCCUUAAGGUGGAUUCCGAAAGCAUAUUCGGGGCACCUCCGUCCGGGAGAAUGAUGGCCCCCUUCCGGCGCAAAAAGUCCAGCAAGGAGUUUCCGGUCAAGGUUUGCACCUAUGACUCGGAGCUGGAGUUUCAUCUAGAGCAUCGGGCCACUGGUAGCUACCUUUUUGAUCUGAUUUGUCGCACAAUUGGUCUGCGGGAGACAUGGUACUUCGGUUUGCGCUACGUAGACAAGAAGGGCUACAAAAGCUGGCUGAAAAUGGACAAAAAGGUUCUCGAUCAGCACAUAAACCUCACGACCGAGGGAUGCAUGUUUAUGUUUAUGGCUAAAUUCUUCCCCGAGAAUGUCGCUGAAGAGUUGGUGCAGGAAGUUACGCAGCACAUGUUUUUCCUACAGAUUAAAGCAGCAAUUCUGUCAAUGGAAGUAUACUGUCCGCCGGAAGCUUCUGUCCUGUUGGCUUCCUACGCCGUGCAGGCUAAGUAUGGUGAUUACGAUGAGGCUGUCUGUAAACCGGGUAUGAUAAAUAGUGAAAAUCUGCUACCGCAACGGGUUAUUGAGCAGUACCAGAUGACACCGCAGAUGUGGGAAGAUCGAAUUAAAACUUGGUAUGCUGAUCAUCGGGGCAUGUCCAGGGACGAAGCGGAAAUGGAGUAUUUGAAAAUAGCACAAGAUCUGGACAUGUUCGGUGUAAACUACUUUCCGAUCACGAAUAAGAAAAAUACGGAAGUCUUCGUCGGUGUGACGGCACUGGGACUGAAUAUCUACAGCAAGGACAACAAGCUGACCCCGAUGACAACCUUUCCGUGGAACGAAAUCCGCAACAUCAGCUUCGACGGGAAGAAAUUUUUCGUCAAAACGAACGAAGAGAAGGGCAACGUCGCGACAACGUUCUACUCGGAAAAAGCCCGAACGAACAAGGAACUGUUGGACCUGUGCGUAGGCAACCAUGAGCUGUACAUGAAACGGCGCAAGCCGGACACGAUGGAGAUUCAACAGAUGAAGACGCAAGCGAAGGAGGAGAAACACCGACGACACAUCGAGAGGAACAAGCUGGCCCGGGAGAAACAGCUGCGCGAAGAAGCGGAGCAGGAAAGAGCCAACAUGGAGAAAAGACUGAUGCAACUGCAGGAGGAAAUGGCAGCAGCCAAUGAGGCUUUGCGUCGAAGCGAAGAAGCGGCGGAACUGCUUGCGGAGAAAAACCGCUUAGCAGAGGAAGAAGCUUUACUACUAUCGCACAAGGCACUAGAGGUAGAACAGGAGAUUAACCGAAUGCGCAUGACGGCGCGGAAAACCGAAGAAGAAAAAAUCUACUUGGAACGAAAGACGCAGGAGGCGGAGCUGCUGACUGCUCGAAUGAUCGAGGAGUCCCGCAAGCGAUCGAUGGAGGCUGACAAGCUGAAAAACGAGCUGAUUCACGCUCGCGUGGCAGAAAAGGAAGCCAAGGAAAAACUGCUUACCUUUCUAAGUCGAACGUCAAACGAAUCGAUAUUUAUAACACCGUCUUCGUCGCCGGAAACUCCAACAUUGGAGAGCAAUACGUACGAUCUGCUGGCUGACGGGGAUAUGGAUCAGUUAUCACUGGAGAUCGAGAAGGAAAGAGUGGAAUAUCUGACAAAGUCUAAGCAGGUGCAGAAUCAACUGAAGGAACUUCGCUCGGAGAUCGAGCAACUUAAGAUUGGCGAGAAGCAGUGUCCCUUGGACAACAUAAGCGCCCAGCAGAUGCGCCUAGGUGAGACCAAGUAUUCCACACUGAAGAAGCUCAAGUCGGGCUCAACGAAAGCACGAGUAGCGUUUUUUGAGGAACUGUAAGUGACUAUGUGUAGAAUGUAGAUAUCGUUUAGUUUCGUUACUUCCGGUGGGACAGUGCGUGGGUGUUCUACGGUUUUUGGCUAUUCUCUGUACGUUUUGGCGUGCUGUGUUUUUUGUAUUUGUUGAGUUUGUUUCUUGGGUUGUAAAUUAAGAAAAAUAUGCUCGAUUGUUGCCUGUUUUUGAAUGUCCUCUAGAUUUGGUGGUUUGCUGGAACUUGAUCUUAUACAUUUCUACAGCUCAAGUCGGAAAAAUGGACUUACCAUUUUGGUGUUUUUAUCAUUCUAUCGAUACUUAUAACUCAAUUGAGCGAAGAAAAAAAUGUAACCAAUCCAUCGGUUAUAUAUAUAAAAGUUCAAAUUACCAGGCAUUUCUAGAUCAUGCACAAAUCAGCUAUAGUUUUGUCUUAAAGUGUCUAAAUGAGGUCUCUUUGCUACGUAAACUGGAGAUUCAACUAGUUGCCAAAUUGUACGGUUUAAGCGCAUAUGGGUGCUUUUACAAGUUCAGACUAGAUGGUAGUUUUUAUUCAAAUUGUGCGUGAACUUCAAAAUAUGUAGUGUUUACCGUUAUUCAGUAAACUAAGUAGGUAACUUCGAAUUACAUUUUAUUUAUGUAUCGUAGUUUUCGUAUACUAGCAAUAAUUUGAUGUAUUAAAUCACAUUUCUUCGGAUUGCAUAUAGAUUAUUUUAUUAUUUAAACAUUAGCCACAUUUAGGUAGUGUAUUUCCUAAGCCAUUACACCUGUUCCUGUUUUUUGUCGAUAAAAUUGUAUGAUAGAGAAAAUGUCUUGGAAUUCAUCCAUCGUUAGCAGUGAGGGCUAAACCAUUUCAGGAGCAUAAAUCAAUGCUAUUGUCAUUAGUCUACCAGUUCAUUCAUGAUAAUCGUUGUACCCCUUCACAAUUGACAUAUUAGUGGAUAAACACAUAAAACAUAUUUUUGCUUUGCCUAUACUCUCCGGUUACAACUAUAUAUUAAGUCAGCCAUAAACGACUAAUAAAAACUAUUCUAAUUAACUGAAAUACAGUGUUGAGCAUCAGUUUCACAACCCAUCCGUUCUACUGUUUGAAGUUAGACACUAUACUGCUGUUUUUUUAUUGAAGGUAAUUUGGCGUUUGGUUUUUUGCUUGUGUAAUUCAUUCUACAAACAGCUCUAUCUUCUAUCGUUCAUUGGCUAUUAUUGAAUUUGGUUUUCUUUUUUUCUUUUUAGUGGCCUGUUUAUGAUUGGGAUUCUGUUGAUGCAUCUGUGAUUGUUAUAGUUGUUGUUUAUGUGCUCUGUUUGAAUCUAAGGUGUAAAUUUUCGUUAUUUAGCGAAAAUUAUAUCCACCGAAUAAUUUGAAUUCCUGCUAUGAACAAUUUAUAGCAUAGUUUGCUAUUAAUAAUGAUUUUGAUUGCUUUUCUCGUUAAUAGGGAGCCGGAGGAAUCUAUAGCCUAGUUAUGUGCGGUGGUCCCAUUGGAAGUUACACCCCUCACUUCUCUCACUAAUGACAGCCAUGUGAUUGUUUCACAACUAUACAUGAACAAACAACUACGACUUAUUGGCACAUGUUAACUAAAUCAUCAUUUAGGGUUAUUUUACUCAGGUAUUCGGGUAAGUAUCUAUUUGUAAUUUGGACUAUCCUCAGUAGUGUCCAACUUAAAUUAUCGGUUAGAACCAGUGUCAUCGAUUUCAGUAAAAAAUCAAGACGGAAAGUUUUGUUAAGUGUUCAAGCAAUUAGAUGUACUUUUUUUUAAGAAAUGAUAAUUGUUUUUACAUUAGAA